AGUCAUGGUGCCUUGGAAGAUGAAGCCCAAGAAUAAAGUCUCUGCGACGCGCAUGGCUGCCGAAGACAUCGAGAACCGCGUAGGACUGGCCCUGGUGGAUGUGUUUCUUCCGGGAGGGCUCAGGCCAGAUGAAGAACAAUGGCAUAAGGAGAAAGGGGGGUCGUCUUCCAGUUUGAGAGCUCUGCCGGGCAGCAUAGCCGCAGUUGACUCUUACGUC